AGAAAGAGCAUCGCAUUCAUAUCUACAAGAAGCAAUUCAAUUGUAUCACGCUACACCACAUCAAUCAUGCAGAUUUCCAGCAACGCACUCACGCUCUAUGUCAUCGUGGCAUCGACGUCCACCUACGCCUUCGUUCAUCGACCAAGACUCUUACCGACACACUUACCAUCGAUCGAAAAAGGAGGGACGGCCCUCGGAUACAUCAAAGAGAACUACGAAACCGGAAUCGGCCCUGACAUUCUUCGCAAGCAUAAACGAAAGCCAGACGUCAUCGAUGCGAUUGUCGUUGAGGAGGUUGUCCUUCCAACAGACGUGGGCAGCUCUCAAACGUCGACGCGGACGACGCCCACACCAACUCACGCGAGACCGAAAAGGUCUCCUAAUACGAGGAUACGAAAGGAACUUAGUCCCGAUUUUGACGAUGCCUUUAUCUCCGAGGAUGUACCCGCUACCGCACCCCUAGAGCCCAGCAUUUGGGACACUAAUACAGCCAAGUGCAUCCAGGGCGGAGCACUGAGAACCUGGGCCAUAGGGGCACCUGAGGUCGACCACACGCAGGUCUUGCUCAAGAGCACCCACUGGGAUAGCCCCCUGAGGGCACAAAUCGAUGUUUAUAAUGGGCCCGGGCACGCCCCCAUGAAAUUGGCGGUCUACUGUGCCGAAUCGCUCUCCCAGCAGCCCUUCUCCUUUGUCAUUCCAACUCCUGGCUUCAACCAUCAGAGCAUUGGAAUCAAAAACUCAGGUCCGUUCGAGUUUCCCAUCGAGGCGGUGGCAAUCGCAGACGUCGAAUCCGCUCGGGAACAACGAAAACGACAACGCGAACGCGAACGCCAGCAUACGGAUCCCAAUACACAACCAUUGCAACAAGGAGGAUACACCGGAUUCUACAACAGCGUCGAUCCCACACCGGCUAGAACAACCCUCGGAGCAGGAAGACACGAGGAGAGACCGACCUCCGGUCUGGGGCUCUUUGCGGAGAAACUUCGUGACCUUGGCGAUCUCCGCAAGAUUGAGGGAACGUCUCCGGUAGAAUAUGCGUCCGGGAACGAACAAUCCUCCAGCGAAGAGCUUUUCGAAUUCGAAAAAAACGUCGAUUCGGUCCAGGUCCUGAUCGAGACCAGGGGAUUGUCUUGCCAAGCCCGUAUCGAGGUCACCAGCAAUGGCUGCGACGAGAUUUUGCAGGUCAUAGAGCUGUCCAUCGAAGAUGGUAAAGAGAGGCCUUUCUUUGCUGUCCUUGAUACGUCUCAGAGGACUUCCACUACGGUCCGAGUCCUCAAUCUCGAUCCAUAUUCGGCCUUUCCCAUUACUGCCUGUGUCGAACCCUACACCAUCAAUAGCGACGACGAUGAUGAUUGCAACUAUAAGCACGACGAAGACCAGGCAUUCGGCUUCGACUUUAUUGACGCAAGUAUCGAAGAAGACCAAGGCAGCGACGACGAAAUGAUCGCCACUGCUGCUGCGAGCGACAGUUCUGCCGCCGAUGGCGAAGGCGAAUCCGACAUGUACGCUGUACCCGACAUCACCAUUCCGGCCUCGCUCGCCGAUUACGAUUUCGACGAAGAAUUCUUCUUUGCCAGCUGAUCGGUGGGUUUCUCAAACCAGGCUAGUUCAAUGUAGCAAUGCAAAGCUACGCCACAAAGUAUCGGGGGCAAAGGCAGACAGGCAAGCAAACCAAUUUUUCUUUUAUUCAAACCGCUAGCCACCCCGAAGAAGGAAAGAAAGCCCGUGAUCGUUGCGAGAUUUGGAGUCUCAGCAGCAGACCACGGGAAGACCGUCUAUAACCAACGACAAUGACAUUCAUUACUGUCGACACUAAUAAUACAUACUAGCCAUC